UAGAUCAGUCCAUGGUGCGUAAAUGGCUUCGUUUGGUCAACGACCCUAAUUCGUCCUCAAUUAAGUUGAAAGACUUUUGGGAGAAGCAGCUUCUUGGACUGCAAAGAGAAGUGAAAGACGCGUUGGAGCCUCUCAUUUUCAUGCUCAAUUCGAUGCCGAGUGGCUGUGACGCUGAGUUACCGAUGACGACGGCUAUUCGUAUGGUGUGCCACGUGUUUUCUCAUCUCUCCAAGAUGCGUCGGUCGAAUGCUAUGCGCCAUGUUGCCCCCAAGUAUUCCACUAUGCUGAUUGAUCCACUUCUUUUCUCUACACGCGAUCAUCGUAAUCUCUUUGGCGAGAAAUUUAUUAAUGCCUUGGAAAAAGAGGCUGCUGCUGAUGUCAAGUUGGACAAAAUUGGACGCGCUGGCGGUCAGAAUUUUAGCCGUGGAGGCCAUAACAAUUUCCAAAAUCGCAGAGGCGACGGUCGUUCAGGCGGUGGCGCCAAUUUCAAGUCUGGUGGCGGCGGUUACAACUGGAACUGGAACAAGCAGCAGUAUUCCGGCAAAGGGAAGCAGUACAGCAAUCAGCAGUCUGGAUCCUACAAUAACUAGAAACGUCCGUUCCAGAAGAAUGGCAACAAUUAACAAGCAAUUCACUCCCCAUUGAUCAACACAGAUAAAAUUUUUUCUCAUUUUCAUAUCAUGUUUUUCAUUAUGUUUGUGUUCGCGAUAAUCAGAGCAAAAAGUUCUGAAGAGAAAGGGGACUGGCUAUAGCCGGCUAGGAGGCGGCGGCGUUGCCAGUUUGUGUUUUGUUUGUAUCUUUGGAGGAGCUAAAAUAAA